AUGUCAACCCAAGAUAGCAAGCCUGAAGGCACUUAUGAGGCAGGCUGCCACUGUGGUCAUAUUAGCCUCUCUGUGACUCUAUCUCCUCCCCUACCCGAGCAUGAGGUUACAAACUGCAAUUGCUCCAUCUGCCGUCGAGGGGGCUAUCUUCUUGUUUACCCAACCCACGAGAAAGUGACAUGGCACAACGGUUCGGACAAGCGUGUCGCUCGAUAUAUGUUCAACACCAAAACACGCGAUCAUAUGUUCUGCCCCAAGUGCGGUGCCAGCAUGGGCAUAGACUUUGAGAAGAAUCGACCCGAGAAACCAUUCUAUGGUAUCAGUGUGCGACAGUUUAACAACAUCGAUCUAGACACGCUCCGCUACAACAAGUUUGAUGGCAUGCACAAGAUAGAGCCGGCUGUUGAUUUAUCGGGCAAGGAGGCUUCUGCUUCUCUCUAG